GUACCGUGGAGGAAACGCACGUUAAAAGCCUUUUGGGAUUUAAAAAAUAAGACAGCCAAACAGCCAACUGGAGCUCCACCAUGGUUUGCUGCAAAGAGGGAAAAUCGAUGUACAUAAUUAUAGGAUUGAACAUAAUAUUCAUGGUACUUGGUCUAGCCGUCAUGUUCCCAGGAUUAGCUAUGCUGACAAAUAUUUACUUCCUGAGCGGCAACAUUGAACCCUUACUGGACAAGAUAUUCUUCAAUGACAUCAAUCCGUCAAGCAUUGCUAACAACCUCCCAAUCAUCUUUAUCAUCGUCGGCGCGUCGAUACUCUUCAUAGCUGCACUCGGACUGGUUGGAGUCUGCUGUAAAAUAAAAACCUUGGUUGUUCUGUACGACCGCAUUGCUUUAGUACUGAUCGUGGUUCAAUACAUCAUAUGGGUGUUCUUCAUCGUUCUGAGGGCCAAGUUGCAUUAUACUAUAAAGAAUGAGUUCCUGAGCCAACUACAGUCAAGCUACACAAAAGAUGACCUGAACAAGAGUGACGAAGUGUCUUCAGCGUUCAAUUAUAUGUUUAUGCAGAUGGAGUGCUGUGGUGUGAAUCCGGUAACCGCGACAACAAACGACUUCGACCUCACCCCUUGGCGGAUUGAAGAUGGAGUCUCCUUAAAGAUACCAAAAGGAUGCUGUAUCGGUGUUACUGAGGACACAUACUCCGCCUUCGCAAAUACAUCGUGUACCGACACUGCAACUAGCGGCACCUAUCACUCUGAUGGCUGUUACGACACGAUCUUGUCAAAGUUUGGAGAAAUUGCUGGAUACAUCUGCCUCACUUUCUUUUCUUUAUGUUCACAAGUGUUAUCGAGUAUGAUAUGGAAUAAAAAAGAGCAAGAUAUGGAUAGUUCAACAUAUCAGUAUCCAUUGUGUCAGAUUUUGAUGGUAAUAUUCGCUUUCUGUCUUUGCUGCACCUAUAUGAAUAGUGGGACAUUCGGAGUGAGAGUGUGACCCCUUGAUGGACAACCGAUAUCACAUGACUUAACGGAAGUAGUAAGCUGGCGCACGUGUCGUAAUUUCAAACGAAUUAUCGAGUUACUUAGAUGUAACUCGCACUUUUCGAUUGAAGAAAAACUUUUACUUGGUAGUUGUAGCAGAUGUUCCAAACGCCUACGCAUGGACGCGGUGUUUAUUGUGUGUGGACACAAUUUAUCUAUUUGACCUUGUUUUGCAAACGGCUUAUUUGUCUUCAAGAUUCUACUCAAUACACAUUUCUUUUCUAUGCCAUCGAAAUACAUUGUAUGUCUUGACAAAAUCAAAGGCUCUUUACACGCAACCUGGAUUCGAAAUAUGGACAUCCAAUCACAAUACAAUCGCACAAAGCGACUGAACAGCACGAUCAGUGGCAAUUGCCAAGCUAAAUCCUACUCAACAUUUAUAAAAUUAACAAAAUCUUACAUUGAUAAUAUUUUGGGGAGAAAUACAGUGCAAUUAAAAAAAUAAUGAUGAAAAUAAACCAACAAAAAGUGAAAAAGGUUUUGCACGUAUUCCAAUGUGAUGUUGUCGAAACCUAAGGAACUUUUGAUUUCAGAUAUAUUAUUGCUAUGUUUAAUAAAAUUGU